CCAUGCCCGACGCUCUCAGCCCCUUGUCCCAGACCUCCAAGGCCGGCUCAGACGACUGCGCGCCUCUCGAUGCCGCAGAGCGCAAGAAGAAGAACGCCGACGCUCAGGCCGCCUUCCGUGCAAGACGUGCCAACUACAUCGCCACGCUCGAGGAAACCGUCACCAACCUCGAGGCCGUCGUGCUCCAGCUCCAGGACUCCAAUCGCCAGCUCAAGGACGAGGUCACCGACCUCCGGUCACAGAACAUACAGCUCCGGAACGAAGGACGUGACCGCGAAAAGUUCUGGAGAGCCCUCUGGCAGGCGCGGAGCACCGGCAUGCCGCCCGAUCCCCUGGAUGACUCCGUGCUCCCGUCCUACGCCCAGAUCCACCAUUCCUCACCCAUGCACACCCCGAACAGGCUCGCCUCAGUGAGCCCGUCCCACUACCAAGAUCCACGCAUGCAGUACGCACCAGACGGCUCUGCGCCACUGGCGCCGCCCCAGUACCAGGCGAGCACUGCCACCGAGUACAUGCAAAGGUCGCCCGCGCUCGGUUUCGCACCAGCGAACGCUGUCGCUGGCCCAUCCCGUGCUCCCUCGGUCGACCCACAGCGAAUGAACGGGUACGGUGCGUAUCCUCCGUACGCAAAUGAAGGCUCGAGUCCUGAGGAUGCCUGGCCGCAGCACGGGCUCCCUACAACGGUGACUGAUCGGAAUAACAUCGACCACUCGCCAUCGCCCACCUACGUUGAGUCUCCCAGUCUGACUUCUUCUGAGCUGUCUUACCCCUCGCAUCACACUAUCGGCGAUGACCAGAAGGUCGGCCCCAACGGCGUGCAGCAGUCGUACAUGUACACCACGAGCAGAUCGACAUCACCCUCUUCCACCCCGACGUCGACGUCGUCCCUGUCUCUCUCUGCCGCUCCCUAUCAGUUCACCUUCCCAGAAGGCACGGCGAUCCAGGAUCGCCCCGAGUUCGCGCAGCGCCGGCCCAACUACAUGACACUGCACGGCGGCACCGCCGACAUCCCCAUCGCCGGCUCCGUCGGCGACGCCAUGCGCCUCCGCAUGGGCAUGGGCCGCGCCAACACGCUCCCGGGCGUCCUGCCGCCGGCGUACCCGCCGAACGGCAUGCACCACGAAAGCGACGAGGACGACGCCACAUCACAGCAGCAGCCCCAAGCCGGCGGCGCGCGAUCGCGCUCGCGGCGGAACACGGCGCCGGGCGGCGGCAGCGCCGCGACGAACCGCUCCUCGCAGUCGCCCUCGCCGCCGCCGCCGAUAAGCGGCACGCUCGCGGUCAUCAAGGCGCAGGCGUUCGGCGCGUACCGCCGCUCGCGCCCGCGGACACGCCGCGCGUCGGGCGACGCGGCGAAGCUCUCUGUCGAGGCGCUCUCUGCGCGCGGCAUCGCGGUCGCCGGCGGCGGUCCCGCGUCAAAACGGCAGAAGCUGCAGAACGGCGCGAGCCAUGACACCCUGCCAUCGCCUCCAUGAAUCAUGUCCGCCACCUGUUGUUCUUCUUUUUGCUCUAAUUUUCGUUUCCAUUCCUGCUACGACAGAUUUACUGAACAUCGCUAUGACACUGACGACCAGACGAUACCAUGCAAUACCCCAUGCUUUGUUGUUGUGCUAUAG